AUGUUAUCAUACUCUUUUUUUAGAAUAAGCAAAUCACGCCGCUCGCUGGGUGUAGAAGUGUUGAGUGAAUGCAGUCUUUCCUCUGAAAAAAUGCCACCUAGAAAAAAAAUGACGCGCGAAGAACGGCUCGAAAAAAAAAGGAUAGCAGAACGAUUAAGAUACCAAAGAAUUAAAAAUGACAAAGAUAAGUACGCUCAACAAAAAAUCAAGGAAAGGGAAAAAUAUGAAAAGAAGAAAGAAAAAGGAGUUAUUAAGACAGUUCAGCAAAUGACUCCCAGAGAGCAGCGGAAGGUUAGAAAAGUAUGGAGAGAAAAAGCAAAAAUUCGUAGACGUCGUUUAGCACUCCAAGAUAUAAGCAAUGCGCCUGAAACACCACCAUGUUCGGAUAGUGAAUACCCACCGCCCCCUCAAAAUAUAAACAGGCGAGCGCAGGCAGCACAGCAAAAGUCAAUUCGAGCAAGAAAAGCAAGAAACCUGAUAAUAAGAAAACAAGAGGCUGAAAUAUCUCAACUUAAGUCUGCAGUCCAACGCUACAAGAAACAAAUACAACGGAUCAAAAAACCACCAAUCAGCACACCCAACACCAAAGUUAAUUCACUUAUAACAGCAGGCGACAAAGAAACUAUAAAGAAGAAACUGCUUUUCAGUGAAGUUAUUACUCAGCAACUUAAUGAACAUUUUUCAAAUCUCAACACUGUCCAAGAAAAAAGAGUUUUCAGGAGAGUGUUAAGCGGGAAAAUAGUCAAAAAAUACAAUGUUUUACCGAAAGAAAUGAAAAUAAAACCUUUGAGUAAAAUAGGCAAGAAAUUAAGACUAAUGGACACAAAGCGCAGCUCAAGAAAAAACUGUGAAAAUUUGAAAACGUGCAUAGUCAAAUUUAUGGAAGAUGAUUCGAGCAGUAGACUUUGUGCAGGAAAAAAAGACUUUAUAACGAAGAAGGGCGAGCGUAAGCAAAAGCGAGUUAUGCUAGAUACGUUACUCAACUUGCACAAACGUUUUGUGGAAAAGACACACAUUAAAAUAUCGUACCCAAUGUUCUGCAAACUCCGACCAUUUUGGGUCGUCCAACCACGCUGUGACGGUCGUAACACUUGCAUGUGUGUUAUACACAGCAAUAUAGAUUUAAUGCUGAAAUCACUAUACAACGCUAAGAUAAUAUCUGUGUCGAAUUACGUGGACCUUCUAAACCAAGUUUGCUGCAACAGAUUCAACGAAAAAUGUUUAUCACGCGAGUGCAAGACGUGUUUAAACAAAGAUGACUUAGCUAAAGCUCUUGAGAAAACCUGCCCGAAUAUUAAAAUUUUCACCGUAGAUGAUGCAGACAUAUCUGAAAAAGCAGCAAAAUUAGGUUCUACUGAAGGUAUAAAGACUUUUUCAGGCACACUAAAGGUUCACCAAGUUACCGGUUGUGUACGUAUACCUAAUUGCCUGAAAUUGAAAAGUUUGAGCUGCUUCUGUGACUCAGAGCUAUGUCGUCAUUUUCAAUUGGGUACUUUGGAUUAUCCACAAACACAUCGUAAAUUUCCUCUACGUGUUGAUGAUAUAUACGAAGCUAGCAAUUCAGAAGAUAAACCACUAAUCAAUUUCACAUCUCAAGAACACAGGAAGAAGCCUCAGAAAACACUACAGCAUUCUCUACCUACCAGUAUUAAAACCAAAAUUCACAAAGAUGAUUCAAAACCCUCAACAUCUGGAAAGAAAACAUUCUGCAACGGGGACUUUGUGCUGGUUAAACUUCAAGAUAAAAAAACAGAAUAUCGUUAUGUUGCAAUGUGCACAGGUGUUGAAGAAGAUGAUGAACUUGAAGUUAUAUUUUGUAAAAUCUGUGAUGAUACUGGAAAAAAGUUCAGAAUUAAUGAUGACGAUAUUUCUUUCAUCGCCUGGGAUCAGGUUUUAAAAAAACUACCCUCCCCUAACUUAAAAAUGAGAGGGCAGCGUAUUUUUUAUACAUUUAAUGAAUCUAUUGGUGUCUUUGAACGCGGGUUUUAG